GCACUGGCCCGAACAUGGCCGCCGCCACGGGCUCUUCGCUGGCGAGAUGGCAGGAACCAUGCAGACAGUCUUGUAUAGCUGAGGUCUGGCAGCCUUUGAUUUCAAACAUCCAGGCCCUGGGCUUAAGUGAAUUUCUCUGCAGCGUUCUAGAGACUGGGGAUAAAGCCCCUCAGAGCCUGGGGCACAAGACUAAAAAUGACAGCUCAGAAUAUUCCUGAGGAAGAACUACCCUGUGAUGUGGAAAUGGAAGGGUUUCCGAGGGAGGGUGUCCAUUUCUCCAUUCUAGGUGACAGUUGGGAUUAUAAAAACUGGGAGGGACACCUGAGGCAACCAGCUUUAAGUCAGGAAAAGUCAGGGGCUCAGGAAGCAAUUUGUGAGUAUCCUGGCCUUGGGAGGCCUUUGAGUGCAAGCUCAGACCUUCUGCCUUCUCAGAGAAUCCCUACAUCAAAUGGUUUCCAUAUACAUGACUCAGAGGUCAGAAGUUUGGAUUGUGACCCAACUUUACCAAGUUCUCAGAAAAGUUUUGUAGCUAAGAGAACUGGCGACAGUGAUGCCUGUGGAAAAGCCUUGUGCCGUUCCAUGGAAGUUAUUCAACAACUUGGAAGAAAUCAAAUGAGAGAGAAGCCCUAUAAAUACCCUGAAAGUGUUGAGUCUUUCAACCACUUUACUCCUCUUGGUGAACAAAAAAUAACAAAAAGAGGGAAGAAAUUGUAUGAAGGCAAGGACUUUGGGGACAUCUUUACCUUGAGUCCAUCUCUUAAUGAAAACAGGAGAAGUCUACCUGGAGAGAAGCUGUACAAAUGUACUGAAUGUGGCAAAUGCUUCAAACGGAAUUCUUCUCUUGUUUUGCAUCACCGAACUCACACUGGAGAAAAACCUUAUACCUGUAACGAGUGUGGAAAAUCCUUCUCCAAGAACUACAAUCUGAGUGUGCAUCAAAGAAUCCACACAGGAGAGAAGCCCUACAAAUGCAGUAAGUGUGGGAAAGCCUUCAGUGAUGGGUCAGCUCUGACACAACACCAGAGAAUUCACACCGGGGAGAAACCUUACGAAUGUCUAGAAUGCGGAAAAACCUUCAACCGAAACUCAUCUCUGAUUUUGCAUCAAAGAACUCAUACAGGGGAAAAACCAUACAGAUGUAAUGAGUGCGGGAAGCCUUUCACGGACAUCUCCCACCUCACCGUGCAUCUCAGAAUCCACACUGGGGAGAAGCCCUACGAAUGUAGCAAGUGCGGAAAGGCUUUCCGGGAUGGCUCAUACCUCACCCAGCACGAGAGGACUCACACUGGAGAGAAGCCCUUUGAAUGUGUGGAGUGUGGAAAAUCCUUCAACCGUAACUCUCACCUCAUUGUGCAUCAGAAAAUCCAUUCUGGGGAGAAGCCCUAUGAGUGUAAAGAGUGUGGGAAGACUUUCAUUGAGAGUGCCUACCUCAUCAGGCACCAGAGAAUUCACACAGGUGAGAAGCCCUAUGGCUGUGACCAGUGUCAGAAACUCUUCAGGAACAUUGCUGGCCUCAUCCGUCACCAGAGGACUCAUACUGGUGAGAAGCCCUAUGAGUGCAGUCGGUGUGGAAAAGCCUUCAGGGACAGCUCCUGUCUGACCAAGCACCAGAGAAUUCACACCAAGGAGACCCCAUACCAGUGCCCAGAGUGUGGGAAGUCCUUCAAGCAGAACUCCCACCUUGCAGUACAUCAGAGACUCCACAGCAGAGAGGGUCCCAGCCAGUGUCCUCAGUGUGGGAAAACGUUCAGAAGGAGUUCAGCCCUGGUCCGACAUCAGAGAACACACCCUGGAGAGCAUCCCUUGAACACAUAGUGAAUGUGGGCACACUGCUUUUCCAAAUGCUCUUGAAAACCUUUGUGAAGGAGGGAUGUCUUCAGGGGGGCUCCUCCCGUAGUACAAAAUAAUUUUUUUAGAUGAAAAAAGUAAGUCACUUGAACUAUCACCCCCUGUGAUUAUCAUUAAGCAACAUUCUGGCAACCAUCCUUCUCCCACCUCUUUAUGUGUACAUAAUUUUGCAUGGAUGGAAUCACAUUACAAACAUGGUUUUUUAAAUAUAGAAACUUAUUUUUAAAUGUUUCUCUGUCCUACCCAAUGAAUUGAAUGUAAGACAUUCCUUAGCCAUACCAUUAAUAAAUGCCUGGAGGGAAUAUAGGAUGGUAAUAAAUGUGGAAAAGGCUUCAGGGAUGAUCGGCCUGUAUCAAACAUGAUAGCACAUACACUGGAAUAACACCUGUGGAUGUCAGGUAGAUGCUUCUCUGGAGACACCCCGCUGCUCCUGUGUCCGAGUGCAUAAACUGGAAAGAACCUGUGAAUGUGUUCUGUAACCAGUCAGUACCAGGAAACUUAAUUGGAAGUGUCUCCCAUAUUGUACAUACGCACACUCUUAGCAGAAUCAAGUGUAAUCAGUGAGAGCAGCUUUUGGCAGGAGCUCUUAUUGUCUGUAUCAGCAAAGAUACCCUGGGGAGAGGCUCCCAUGUGCUCCCCGUCACAGCAAGCACAGAAUUAGAGUAGGUGGUUGUUUGGUUUUAUUUCCAUGUUACAGUCCUGCCAGGCGCUAAGGACUCAUUUCAGAAGAGGCACUUGGAGGAGACUGUUGCUUGUGAAUGAACAGUGAUAUCACUCUUAAGGAAAGACUGAAGGGGCUCCUUCUAGGAUGAAAUGGGCUGCUGUAGAAAUGUGAUGCACUGCUUUAGUUGUUGAAACAAAAUUACUGAGUUAUGUUUACCUUUCUCCCCUGUUGUUCACUUAGGACACUUCUGAUUUGUUCCAUGCUGAACCAUAAUUCUAAAGGUUUUGUUCCCAUAUUGAAAUGUUAUAAUACAGCAGGUAACAACAAAAAAAGGCAUAAUUGAGAUUUGCUGUAUGACAGCCAAGAUUUGUUUACAUAUGAAUGUAGAAUGGAUGUUGAUCAUGGAGAAAUAAA